GUCCUCCAUCCAUGUCCUCCUUCUUGCGGCAGACUGGGUCCCGGAGGCACCGGAGCCCUGUCAUACAGGAAGAGGCACCUUUCUUCCUGCUUCCGCCGCGCAACGCUGCUGUGUAUUUCGGGGAUACUGCCGCGUUCUACGUCAAGGUGCAGGGCCAACCAGAACCCACAGUGACCUUCUCCAUCAGGGGGGUACCCGUGGCCCCCAGCGGACAGUGCUGCUUCCGCCAGCUGGGCAGAGGUAUCCACAUCUUCACCAUCUCCGAUGUGAACCGCAGGAAUGCAGGCCGCUACGUGUGUGAGGUCACCAACUGUGCUGGUCGGGUACAAGCCAGCUUCCGACUACAGAUUAAGGAUCAAGAGAGACAACAGCAAGUCCGGUGUGUUCUCAGGCGAGUUCAUAGUUGGGGAGAGAGUCACCCUCGCUUUGUGUCCAAGCCGUAUGCUGUGACGGUGAAGGAGGGCGACCGAGUGGAGUUGAAGGCCAGGGUCACGGGGAGACCCCCUCCCUCGGUUACCUGGCUGAAGGACUGGGCCCCCCUGCCAGGGAGGUCUGCAGCCUGCUGUUCCUUCUCUGCUGGCUUUCACCUGCUGGAGGUGCAGGUGGCACAUAGAGAGGAUCAGGGCCUGUACACCUGUCAGCUACACAGCCCAGCUGGGGAGUGUAGUGCCUCUGCACAGCUGACUGUCACAGAUCAAAGCUAUUGCUCCAGGCCCGAUCCAAACUGCAUGUCAAAUGAGAUACAGCUUACACCUUCCACGCCAACCCAGGACAACAGUUCCAGCAGGAGGGUGUUGGAAAAUGGACCAGCUGCCAGGAAUACCACAUUUAAAAGCAGAAUGGAGGAGAAAUCAGUUUCAGAGGACAAGUCAUCGCUUGUCAGACCGCUGGAGGCCCCGCAGUUUACAAAGCCACUGGAGGACUGUUCAGUGGAGGAAGGUGGUGACAUCAUUGUGCAAGCCGUUAUCACAGGAACACAGCCCCUCCGAGUUUCCUGGUUGCACAAUGGUGGCGAUGUGACCUUUGGGAACUCUUCUUUCAAUGGCAGUGUGGCAACACUGGUGGUGCGCGAGUGUUUGCCUGAGGACGCAGGUGCAUACACCUGCGUAGCAGAGAACAGUGGGGGCAAGGCCUCUAGCAGCGCAGCUGUGUGUGUCAAAGACUUUGAAACUAUAUGUGGGAUCAAAAACAAGAAGUCACCUGCUCUACUUUCCAACUGUGUCAUUGGGAACAAAAGCACGAGAGACCCUUGUGCCAUUCAAAAGAACAACUUGCAUGGGGGAUGGAUUAUAACAGACAAGCUUCAGGACAAGAAUUUGUCAUCCAGGAAAGCAAUCACUCCAAAGCGAAGAGCGUCCUCCGGAACAGACCCCCCGGUCCAGUUUGAGGAGCCUCCGGAGCAGGUGGAGGUGAAAGUAGGCGAGCAAGCCCAGUUGGAGUGUUCCUUCAGCAGCAGCUUCCGCGUGGCCUCUUGCUGGAUCCAUAACAAACAGCAGGUAGUGAACAGCUCCCGGACUGAAGUGGAGAGCAGUGAUCGGGGCAGCAGGCUGCUGAUUUCGGAAGCCCAUCCUGACGACGCGGGCAGCUACACCAUCGUGGUGCGGAACCGCAGAGGCUCCUCCCAACACAGCAUAAACCUCACAGUCAUAGACCACCCCCAGCCCCCAGCGUCCUGUCCUGUCGUCUCCCAGCUCUCAACCAGCUCUUUGGUCCUGUCCUGGUCAGGGCCUUGCUACGACGGGGGAAGUGCUGUUACGGGCUACGUGGUGGAGGUGAAGAGAGAAGGCCCCGGAAAGCCAGAGGACUGGAGAGAGGUGACCGGCCGGUGUAGAAGCACCUCUUACCGCGUGCGCUCAGGUUUGGAGUCCCAAGGGGAGUACCGCUUCCGGGUGAGGGCCUACAACGCUGUCGGAGUCAGCGAACCCAGCCAGGAGUCGGACACCAUCAAGAUGGACACCAAGGGAGGGGUGGUGGAAGAGCCGCAGGAGUAUGCGGACAUCACAAUCAACACCACCAACAAAGUGACGGACCACUACACUGUGCUGGAGAAGCUGGGGGUAGGGAAGUUUGGGCAGGUGUUCCGGCUGACCCAUAAGGAGACCGGCCGGGUGUGUGCUGGGAAGUUCUACAAGGCCCGUGGAUCCAAAGACAAGGCCGCGGCACGCAAUGAGAUCGAGCUGAUGAACCAUCUCCACCACCCAAAGCUGGUGCAGUGCCUGGGGGCCUACGACUGUCGCUCUCAGAUCGUCAUGGUCAUGGAGUACAUUGCCGGUGGGGAGCUGUUCGAACGCAUUGUGGAUGAGAACUUUGAGCACACGGAGCCUACGUCUGUGCAAUACAUGCAGCAGAUCCUGGAAGGUGCGCAAUACAUGCACCAGCAGGACAUUGUGCACCUGGACCUCAAACCAGAGAACAUUGUGUGCAUGAAUACAACCGGGUCCCUCAUCAAAAUCAUCGACUUUGGCCUGGCCAGCAAGCUGGACCCCAACACUCCACUCAUGGUGAUGCAUGGGACACCAGAGUUUGUGGCACCAGAGGUCAUCAGCUUUGAGCCAGUGGGUCCGGCCACAGACAUGUGGAGUAUUGGAGUCAUCUGUUACAUCCUCCUGAGCGGUGAGUCGCCAUUCCAGGGAAACAGUGACGACGAGACUCUGGCCCUGGUUACUGCAGCACAGUGGGAGUUUGAGGAGAGCUUCGAGGAGAUCACUGACCAGGCCAAGGACUUCAUCAGCGGCCUGUUGAAGAAAGAUAUGAGGCAACGGCUGUCUUGUGAAAAAGCCAUGGCCCACCCCUGGAUGGCUGCCUUUGUGUCAGCAGACCCCCGCUCUACCAAGUCUCUGUCCAAGGAGAAGAUGAAGAAGUUCCUGGCCAAACAGAAGUGGAAGAAAACGGGGAAGGCUCUGCUGGCACUGAAGAGGAUGGCUCUCCUGUCCAAUAAAUCAGAUGUGACUGACUCCCCUGCCAGCCCUGGAGAAGACUCGACCCUGACUCCGGAGGCAGAGCAAGCCUUGCAGUCUCUGGAGGAGCAGCUACAGUGUGAGCCACGGUUCUCCCAGGCCCUGAAGGACCAGACCCAGCCACAGGGUGCCACAGUCCAGUUCCCCUGCCAUAUACAGGGGUAUCCUGACCCUGAGGUUCUGUGGUUACGGGGAGAGGAGCCUGUGGAGGAGUCCUCCUGUGUGCAGAUCGACUAUGAGGAAAAUGGCCGCUGCACCCUGGUCCUGUCUAAUGUGAGGGCGGCAGACUCUGGGGUCUACACCUGCAAAGCCACCAACAGCCUUGGGGAGGCAUUGUGCUCAUGCAAACUCACAGUGACUGGGAGGCUUUAAGAAAGUGGUUGCAUACACAGACAAAUGGACAUGGGCUCACACACACAGACACACAGACGGCUAGGCUCUUGCAUGCCCAUGGACAUUCACACACAGACCGUAGGAUAUUAGCACACGUAGUCCAGGCAUUCCAGAGUUGUGAUUUCUGUGGAAUUCCAUUCAGACCACAUAGGAUGGUGGGAUGGUAACUUUCCACAGUGUUUUUUCAGUUGAACUCACACCGCACAAGUUUACAUGCAUAUUUAUUCGCUUUUAUCUUUCACCUAUGAUUCAUGCAAAGUCUGAAGCAACUUUCUUUCCUUGCAAGCUUGAUGUAUGUUCCAAAGAAUUUUAAAUAUGUAACCAAUAACUUGUGUAAUAAUAAUAAUAAAAUGUAUUUGUGUAA